CACGCAACACAAACAUAAGUAGCAUUUUGUAAAACAAAAGCAUAAGAUUUUUACUUAAUCUUCAAUGCAAAUGGUGUAAAAUAAAGAGCUGUUAGUGCAUAUUUCCAUUGUUUCGUCGUGUCCGUUCUUGUGAUAGGUUCAAAUCGACCCACUAGGGUUAAACAAAUGCAAUGAGUUCCAGAAGAGAUAAUCGUAGGAAUACCGGUCGACGCGGUGUGGGACCAAAUAUGUUAAGAGACAUACAGCAGGAUAUCGAGCAACAGUUCAACAAAAGGUACGAAUUUCCUGCGCCGCCAUCCGGAGAAUCGCCAGUGUUACCACCACUGGACACUGUCUUCAGCGAACCAGUUUCACGAUUCGAUACCCUGCAACGAUUGAAGGAGAGAUUGAAUUUGGUUAAAAGUCGGCUGAAUGUUUUCGAAAUAAAUGAUUGGCACGAGCAUACCCGCAAUCGGUCCUCUUUGGUUCCGAUUCUGAUGGAUCUCCGACAUAACGUUCGGGCCGAGUUUGUCACGCAGGCAUUUGCCAAAUUAUACGAGUGUGUCUACCAGUAUGAAUUGGUGCCGCCGAAAAUUGAAGCAUUCUACAGUGUGCAUUUGUGCGAAGCACCGGGUGCGUUCAUUACCGGUUUGAAUCAUUAUCUGAAGCUGAAUCACCCGAGUAUCCGAUGGGAAUGGUUUGCCAAUACACUUAAUCCAUACUACGAAGGAAACUGCCUGGGAAGCAUGAUCAUAGAUGAUCGGUUCAUACUGCGCACGCUGGACUCAUGGUGCUUCGGGGAGGAUAACACUGGCGACAUCAUGCAACGGCAGAAUUUGGACGCAAUCGUGCGUCGGAGCAAGCAGUUCGAAAUGGUUAAUCUCGUCACUGCAGAUGGUUCGAUCGAUUGCCAUGAUGCCCCGGAAGAUCAGGAAGAUCGCGUGUCCCAGCUGCAUCUGGCGGAAGCGGUGACUGCCCUGAAAAUGCUUAGUUCAGGCGGUUCGUUUGUCCUGAAAAUGUUUACUUUUUACGAGCACUGUAGCGUCAGUCUUCUCUACCUGUUGUACGUGUGCUUCGAGGAGCUCCAUGUGUUCAAACCAUGCACUUCGAAACCGGGCAAUUCCGAGGUGUAUGUGAUCGCUAGAUCGUUUCGCAAACCGAAGGGGAUCGAUUCCUAUUUGGAUAGGAUAUUCGACAAUCUCCAUUCGUCUAAAUCAAUGUUUAGCGUGGCACACAUUCCACAGUACUUCGUCGAUAAUGUUCAGCACUGUGCAGAUGAGUUCAUGGCACACCAGCAGAAUGUGAUUGAACGCAACAUUCACUUCUACGAAAAUAAAUGUGAUUUGGAAAACUUGCGUAUCGAACGAUUGAAAUUAUCAAUGAGCCGAACGUUCUUCGAUCUAUAUGGAAUUAGAAGAAUCAAUAUGUCCCAAACCAUCUUGAAGGGAAUGGACGUGAAUAACCUCCCCAAUAUCAAUCCUAGAUUUGUCAAGGGCACGUAUAACGAACGGAGUAAAACGGACGCAAUAAACAGCGACCAAAAGUUGGCAAAAUUGAAGGCUAACCUAAUUGAUUUAAUUGAAAACAGACAAGACAGCUCUCCAUGGUACAAAUUUAGCGAUCCACCAGAUAUCAAUGAUUCAUGCUUCGAUUUGAUCCACUUCAGUUGCGGAAAACCAAUAGAAGUUCUACAGAGUAGUAGAUUUGUUGUUAUACCGUACCUUCUAUUUUUGAAGGAUGUCAUAAAGUUUAUCAACAACGAGUUACCCCACAAAGAACAAAAGAAAGAACGGAUUUUCACAUUUGAUGAACCCACAUACAGCCUCAUAGUUGACAUAAAAUCCUAUGCAAAUAUGUCCUGCUAUAGCGCCUAUGAGCUGGAUAUCUUCCGAACAUUGCUGCAACGCAUCACAGACCUUCCGCAUCAAGAAGGCAUCGACUAUCUAACGGUGGAAAAUUGGCUCCUGAUAUCGCAAUUCAGUGUGGGACUUGUGCUAUUCUUGAAGAUGUAUGUGUUCGAAAAAGUUGAUCUAAUCGCUUGCAACCAGUUGCGAUUUUCGUGCCUCAAGACGGAUGGAAUUUCUUCGCUGCAAUACCUAAACGAAUCCUUACAAUCGGAACUCAUCCGAUGUGCGCCCGAUAAAACCAUACUUGGAAUUGUUCCCAUAGAAGUCCUGCUGGAAGGAGGCUUCGUCUAUGCUGUGAUGAACUACAAUAGUCGUUUGUGUUUGGAGUAUUGCUUAGAGUUGCUCGUGCAUUGAAUGGAUAUACUUCGGUGAAGGAGUAUGAUGUUUUGUAUGUAUUGUAAUGUUAUUGUUGCAAACGGAAUUUUGAUGCCUUGACUCUAUGAUACCAAAGCAAUGUGGACCAGUUAAGUUGUUAACUAAUAACAAAAGACAAUCAGUCUUGCUAUUUCCAAAUAAAUGUAUUUGACGGUCUACUAAAGAGUUUAAA